AUGGAUGAGGAGAGGCAGGUCGGGUUUCCUCCAGGCAACGCCGCUCUGGGCUUUCUCCAGCCAGGGCCGCGUGGACAGCGGCUCAGCAGCGGGGUGGGUGCGGCCCGUGGCGUCGCGCGGGGGCGUGGCUUAGCCACGGGGCGGGGCCUGUCCGCGGAGCGCGACCCGCGGGCGAGUCUCAGGUUGGCAGCUGGCAGUGCAGCCCGCGGCGACGGCCAGAGCCGAAAGCUCGCGGGCUCCGUGCGGCUCCUGCCGUUGUCCUCGCUCGCUUGCGCCGCGCCAUCUCGCUCCCGUCGGAGAGGGAGACCCGGCGGCGCUCUGCCCGAGAACAACGCGGUCUGUCUCGGGGCACCUUAG